AUGUCUAUUCCCAGAAUCCCUUUUGAACUUCUUUACUAUAUUUCCGGUUUUUUGGAAUUACAUGAUUUGAGUCAGGCCGGAUUGGUCUGUCGAGAAUGGAACACAGCAUUCAUGGAAGUUUUGUGGGAUGAUGUUCGGAUUUGUUCAACGACUGAUGCACAUGGCUUUUACAGCACCCUUACUUGUCACACAGCCGGACUGAGAAGUUACAGAAAGGAUACCAGUCGACUCACUCUGCAUCCAAAUGCAACAGAUGCAAUCCCUAAGGCUUCCAAGGCAAAUAUCUUUCACUUAUUAAAAGACCAGACUCGUUCUCACAAAAAUAUUGGAAUUAUUGGAGCUCUGAAAAGCUCAUUAAAGUUAGCCUGGGAAACGUUUCAGAUAUUUGGGCCGUCCAGAUCCAUAAAGCCACUCACCACAGACCAGGCACUCUUUAUUCUAUGUCAUUUACCUCACCUAGUGCACUUGGAUAUUGCGAGCGGAAAUCGAAUCAAUACGAUGAGAUUUACGUGGAAAGAUAUUGAUGUACUCCACCAGUGUCUACAAAAACUCGAGACCCUAAAGCUUGGGGUAAAACUUGACAGAAUAUCACCACAAGAUAACACAAUGAUCUCAAGGAUUGACCGGGCUCCCAAAUUGCUGACUUUAGAGUUUACUAGUAAAGAGGUUGACCUUGGAUGGCUCUAUUAUUGGGAGAACAAAUACCCCAAUCUGCGGGCAAUAACAUGGAUAAACAAGAGAGGAAUCGAUACAUCCUUAAACCUCCCCCAUAAUGAGCAAACAGACACAGGCCGUCUGAUGAGCUCAUUCAGAUAUCUAGAUACAAUUAACUUAAACUACCGGGAUGGGCAUGGCAGAAUGACCCACGUGCUUCUUGACAAGCUACACGAGCUCAAUUCACCAAUAAAGAAUAUUUCAUGCUCAAUCAAGAUACGUAUAUGCGACCUGACAGAUGGAGCAGAAACGACUGAUAAGAUCAUGAUGUUCUCCAAAACCCUUAAAAAACUGAAUCUGGAAAUACAAGGAAGAUCUCAGGAUAAGCUAGCCAUUUCUCAAGCACUCUGUCAUUGUCCCUUCCUUGUUGAUUUAAAGAUCACUGCCCCUUAUAUGACAUUUAGUAUCAAUCAUCUUUUGGACAAUUUUCCGUCCCUAAAAAGUUUGAAUCUUUUUGUGAGAAGCGUUGAUAUUGAACCGAGUAGGCCUUUUGUAACUGGGUGCCAUGGCUUGCGAACUUUUAAGAUGUGCAACACCCACACAGUGUACCGUUUGUUUUCGUAUAUAUCACGUCGCUGCAGGCGAUUGAAGUUUUUGCACCUUCAUGGGGUUAUGAUACCUAGCAAGUCUGGAGAGGUGAAUAAUAUAAUUCCUAUCAAAAUGAAAUACAGUUGUCUCGAUACAUUUCAGAUGGAAAAUAUGCGAUUUUCUUUUCGGGCAAACUGCCAGAUUUAUGACGAUUGUGAGGCGGCGGUCCUUUUUAGGGUGCUUCAGCAUAAUCCAUUAGUACCAGGUAGACAAAAGAAUGCUGUAGCUUGGUACCGAAAGUAUUUUAGUCCCGGGACCAAGAUAGUUACUAGUGAAUGGGAAUCAAUUGCAGAAGCUGAGGGCGACUCUAACUGUAAGGAGUUUUCGGACAUAAAGAACGAAAAGCGUAUUAUUCUGGCUGGUUAUGUAUCUUUGGAGUGUGGAUCUGUUAAAAAUAUUCUGAUUUAA